AGAGUGGUUAAGACACGUUGAGGAGAAAUCGUCCUCCAUGGAGCCGGAACACGACCUCUCCACCAGCAGCAGCGGCUGUGCCGAGCGGGCAGCUCGGGUGCCUGGGCACACACAAAGCUGUUUGCUUUGAGGAGAAAGAGUGAUUAGCUUGUUCAUCCGUCCUGGAAAAACAUCACCUGGCAACAAAGAGCAAAGGGAACAAGUUUGCAGGGCGGCAGAGGGACCUCUGGGACCAGCACUGAGGAGUGAGCAAGGCCACCGGCUGCUGCCAGCUGAGCUCCCAGUCCUCAGUGGAGUCCUUGCAAGGUGACAAGAGCAGCGAGGAGGGAGUGCCGGUGCAGCAGCCACCUCCACGUGACCUCCCGUCCAGGGUCCCACUGCAGAGACCUGGCAGGAGCCAGGCAACUCCGUCGGACCCGGCCAAAAGUCACGCAGGCACAAGAGCAGCCAGGCAGCAGCGGCAGCCUCAGCCCCCACAGCCCCAUGUCCUGGGGCACAGGGCAGCACCUGCCCCCUGGGCUCCCCAGGGCCACACUGCGGAAAUCAGCAUCGAUGUACACUGAAAUACAACGGGAGCGACCAGAUGGUGGGAAUAUCCUGACUCACCCAGAUUACAUAGAUGGAAACCCAGACCUCAUCAAACCUAAAAAGCUCCUAAAUCCUGUAAAAGCCUCGAAGAGCCAUCAAGAGCUGCACAGAGAGCUGCUGAUGAACCACAAAAGAGGUUUGGGCGUGGACAGCAAGCCAGAGCUGCAGCGGGUGCUUGAGCACCGAAGGCGAGACCUGCUCAUCAAACAGAAAAAGGAAGAGGAAGAGGCAAGGAAAUUGCAGUCUCCUUUUGAAAAAGAGCUAUUAAAGAGGCACCAGAGGCUGGAUCAGUUGGAGAAAGAGCAGGAGAAGCAGGAAGACCACGAACCAGAAUUCAUUAAAGUCAAGGAAAACCUGAGAAGAACAUCAACAGUGACAGGGGAUGAGAAAGUAGCGUAGCUUCUGCCAAAACUCAACAGGGAUCCUACCAAGGCCAGUGCUAACACACACCUGCUGACAUCUCUGUACAUGGUGCACAUUCACAGCCACAUUGUCGGGGCUACUUAUGGUUAUUAACACUUGCUCCUGUAGAAGGCACAGAAAAGGUUUUCCCAGCCCAGGAGGGAAUCACUGUGGAAAAAGUGCAGUAUUCACUGAAGAAGUACUCACACAAGUGGAUGCAGAGAUAAUGAUGUUAUUCCCCCCCCAGACCGUGGGUGCACUCUAACCACCAGAUAACUCUUGUUAAACUCUAGGGACACAGCGAAUAUUUAAGCCAGGGAAGUCUGUGGAGGCUUGGGGUAACCCUGCUUCUUCCUGAAGGCAGGCUUGCCAGGCACAAGGUGAUAAGAGGGCAGCUGCAGCUGCAGAGAACCUCCUGGAAACCUGGUAAGGUAACUAAAAGGGACAACCUGUGUAUUACUGAAUACAACCUAGAUGACCGUAAUGGCUUUCCUAAGGGUCACUGGUAUUGCACCAGUGUGUGUCAAGCCUGGCUGAGGCUGUGUGUCCCAGCAGCACACUUGUGCUAUUAAAAAAACCAACCUCUGUGUGCCCAUACCAGUGCAGCACAGGCAGAUGCCACUGUUCUUCACAAGCACCUUUAAACUGCAUUUCAACCCUGUUUCAAAGUGGCUAUUUAGGCAGUUCCACGCUGAGGCAGAAAAUACAUUGGACUGUUCCAUCAACACCCCAAGUGGGAGGCAAAUGCUCUGUGCAGAAAGCAAAGGCUGGGUGUUUCCAGCACGGCUGUCCAUAGAAGCAUGCAGUGACUGAGCAGAAGAUCCCUGAGGAUGUAGCAGACAGACAAACUGCUUCUUGCCCCUGGACUACUGAGCUUCAGCCCCUCACCCAGCAGCC